UAAUUAUUUUUUUUACAAAAUAUAUCAGACUUACAAUAAAUAGAUAGAUAAAUCAUGAUAGUAAACGCUUAAUAAUAAUAAUUUUAAAAUUAACUGCAACAGCAGUAAGCUACAAAGCGCAUAGAAAAGAAGAAUAAGAAACUUAAAGACUUCACUCCUGUAUAUGUAUGGGGAUCUGAUACUUAUGGAUAACUAGGACUAGCUUCAAGAGAGUUUGGAAAAUCAUGCCCUAGUCCUAGAUUUACUAGCUUUAGUGUGGUUAUUGAAGAUAUUGCUUGUGGUGAAGAGCAUACAUCAUUUAUAGCUCAAAAUGGAUAUGUUUACUCUAUGGGAAAUAAUAAUUAGGGUUAAUUAGGAGUUUCAGUUGAUGAAUCAUAUUAUAAAUCUGCUCCUACUCUUGUGGAAGGUCUCAAAGGUUAUAAAGCUGUUUAAAUCAGUUGUGGAGCUUAUCAUACAGCUACAGUUUGCGAUAAUGGUUAGCUUUUUACUUGGGGACAAAAUUGCGAGGGGCAAUUGGGUAUUGGAAAGUCAGAUAAUAUGACUACUCCUUAGAUAGUUGACCUUAAAAAUAACUUAGCUGUUUUCGUAUCAUGUGGAAAAAGAAAUACAAUGGUUAUUACAUAAACUUAGAAGAUAUUUGGGUUUGGAGAUGGUAAAUGCGGGUAGUUAGGUUUAGGUAAUGAAUGCAAUGAAUAUAAACCAAGGUAGUUAUAAAUAUAGAUGCAAAAUAUUGUAGCUAUUUCCUGUGGGGAUAGACAUACUUUAUUUUUAAAUGAAGAAGGAGAAGCUUUUUCAUGUGGUAAUAACACAUAUAAUUAACUAGGAUGUGCUAACAACAGCUAAUCUUCUAACAUUCCUGUCAAAGUUAAGUAAAAGUCAACUUUAAAGUUUGUUAAAGUAAUUGCUGCAAACACACCAAUGUCUGCAGCUUUGUCAUCUGAAGGAUAUCUGUAUCUUUGGGGUACUGGCUUUUUUGGAUAAUUUGAUAGACCAACUAGAUGCGAGUUUGCACCAAAAGAUUUACUAGAUAUUUGCAUAGGAAAUUAGUUUAUUUGUUUGUUAGAUGGUGAAGGCAAAGUCUAUUCUUGGGGUAGCAAUAUGUUUGGAGAAUUAGGUUAAGGUAUUGCUAAUGGAUAGCAAGCAUUAGAGCCUAUUUAAGUUGAUAAAAUAAAAGACAAAAAUGUCAAAAGACUUUAUUGUGGUGCAAAUUUUGUUUUUGCUAUGGGUGAAAAUUGGAUUCAUCAACAAUAAGAAGCAAGUAGCUAUGAAAAUAGUAAGUAAUCGAAAAAUGUAAUAUCAUCAAAAAGAUCUGGAAAUGAUUACUUAAAUAGUAGUUAGAUAUAAGGUUCAAACAGUAUUUAAUAUAAAAACGAAGCUUAGAUGGAUAUAUUAAGAAGGAUGAGUGAUACUCCCUACUUUGAGGAUGUAGCUACUUAAUAACAAAAUAAUUAAAACAAUACUACAGAUUAUUUAAAUAGCAAGGUUAGAUAAAGUACUUCUAAUUUCGCUUAAAAUAAUAGCAAUUACUAAAAUUAAUAAAGCCUACAAAGUAAGCAGUAAUUAAAUUACUAUUAAUAGUAUAAUGAGUAGAAAGCUUAAUCAUAAUAAUAAGAUAACUCAAGAGUUUAUUCAGAGUAAUCGUUUUAAGAAAAAAAACCAGCUAAAGAAGUAAAUUUCCUAAAAAGCUAGGAUUAGUAAAAUCUUAUUGCUGAUUAGAAGAAUUAUAAAGAAUCUUAUUAAAAUUAUCAAGAUAACUAUUAUAAUGACAAUUAAGAUAUUAAUAUUAGUAGGAUUGAUGAAAAUCAGGAUAACUCUAAUUAUGACUUGAGCAAUAAUGAUGGCUCUAAUACUCCUAAUCAAAAACAUUCUACUGGAAAAAAGUCUAGAGUAGAAUAUGGAAUGGAGUAAUUUGAAACUUAUCAUGAUCAAAAUUCAUAAUCUAAAUAUUCAAAUACAGGGAGAAACUUUAUUGACCAAGAUGAAAGCUAUCUGUCAAGAGAAUAAUCCCCUAUCUCAAAUAAAGAGAAUACGUAUACAGGGAAUAAGAGUUUAAAACAAUAGUAUAAGUAAUAAUAAUAUUCAUCUCACAAAAAAACUAAUAACCCUUCUCCAAAUCAACUUUCUUUUGAUGAUUCUUAAAUUUAUGAGCCAAUCGAUUAUUCCAAUUUUAUUUCAGAUUCAAAGUAAUCAAAGCCUAGUUCUGUUUAAAAGCCUACAAGCAAAUAAUAAACAAAAGGCACUUCUUUAAUUACAUACAAUAAACCUAUUCAACCCUCUAACUCUAAAGACUCUUCUCUACAAGGAACUAUCUAGCUCAAUAAUUAUUUCCACCCAUAAGCAUAAAAUACAAAACACCUCCAAACAGCUAAUUUCACGAGAGAAAGAAGUUACUCCACCUAGCAAUAACAUAAUUAUGAAUAAUAAUAACAACAAACAUUAAAUUGUCAGUUUUUUAAGGGAAAUAUAAACAAACAAUAGGACUAAAGCGUUAAUGAAGAAAGAGGUGAUAUUUAUGAGAUAAAGUAUAAGUAACUUAAAUUAAAAUAUGAAAGAACUAAAAUGGAAAGAGAUGAAUACCAUGAGAAAUUGAAUUAUGAGAGAGAAGUUAACAAAAAUUUAUUAAUAAGACUUGAAAGAAAGACAAAAAAACAAAGAGAACUUGAAAAGAGGUUGGAGUUUUUGAAUAUGGAUCUAUAAAUGAAUAAAAGAACAUAUGACAUGAAGAUUGAAGAACUUUUAAAAAAGCUAGCCAGCUAUGAAUCCAAAAUAGAAACUAAACAGUACAAAGAUUUAAACUUUUUGAAGUCAUAUGAUGAGAGUGCUUUAGAUAAAUCAACUAAUAGAAAUAAUUUAUCUGAUAUCAACUCAUAAAUUAUAACUUUGAAAAAUAAAAAUUAUUAAAAUGACAUUGAUAACAAUUCAUCUGGAGUUAGUGAAAGCUAUAAUAUAGUCAUGAAAGACGAAACACCAAGCAAAAUGCUCAAAAAUAAAAAUUAAACUGUGUCAUUUAGUCCUCUUAAUCAAUCUGAUUUUUCAGCAAUUGAUUAACAUAAUACAACAAUCAAUUCAAAGUUAAAUUAAACAGGAAAUAUUUUUAAUAACACUUCUAGUACACUUAACAACACUUUGUCUUAGAUCAAUAAUAUUUAAAAUUAAAACUUUGUAGAUGAAAUACUUGAUAAAUAUAACAAAAGAUAGCUAAAUAAACAAAACCCUUUGAUGGAGUAAAUUAUGAGCAAGCAUCCUCCAAACCCAUUAGCUAAAAAAGACUUAAAUGUUAACACAGAGUUAGAUUUCUCAAGACAGUAUAAAACUUUAAAUACUUGCCCAAAUACAUAUAAUAAUUACACAAAUUCAACAACUAAUUCUUAUGUUAAUUCAGUUAGAAAUAACUUAUUUAGCUAACCAUACUCUACAAAAAAUUCUAUUUAUACUAGACCUUCAAGUACAACAGCUCACAGUUCAACAUUUACAGAUAAACCAGGUCACAGCAGAGCAUUAAGUAGUUAAGCAAAUUAAUAUAGAUAAAAAAUUGCAGAUAAAAAAUAUUUUUGA